UGGCGGGCGGCCGGGUGGUGGCGGCGGCGGCGGCGGCAUGGCGGAGCCGAGCGGGGCCGAGGCGAGGCCCCCUAUUCGGGUCACCGUCAAGACCCCCAAGGACAAGGAGGAAAUUGUGAUCUGCGAUCGAGCCUCAGUCAAGGAGUUCAAAGAGGAAAUCUCCCGGAGGUUUAAGGCUCAGCAGGAUCAGCUGGUCCUGAUCUUCGCAGGCAAGAUCCUCAAGGAUGGAGACACUCUGAACCAGCACGGGAUCAAGGAUGGGCUCACAGUCCAUCUGGUCAUCAAGACCCCUCAGAAGACUGCAGAUCCAGCUGCUGCCACAGCCUCUUCCCCCUCCACUCCUGACCCUGUCUCAGCGCCCUCCACCACGCCUGCUUCACCUGCCACCCCUGCCCAGCCUUCGACCUCUGGCAGCACCCCUUCGGAUGCUGGCAGUGGAAGUCGGAGGAGCAGUGGGGGGGGUCCCUCCCCGGGGGCUGGGGAGGGACCCCCCAGUGCUACUGCAUCUAUACUCUCUGGCUUUGGGGGCAUCCUGGGGCUGGGCAGCCUGGGCCUUGGCUCUGCCAACUUCAUGGAGCUGCAGCAGCAGAUGCAGAGGCAGCUGAUGUCCAACCCUGAGAUGCUGUCACAGAUCAUGGAGAACCCCUUGGUCCAGGAUAUGAUGUCUAACCCUGACCUCAUGCGCCACAUGAUCAUGGCCAACCCCCAGAUGCAGCAGCUGAUGGAGCGGAACCCGGAGAUCAGCCACAUGCUCAACAACCCCGAGCUCAUGAGGCAGACCAUGGAGCUUGCUCGGAAUCCAGCCAUGAUGCAAGAGAUGAUGCGGAACCAGGACCGGGCCCUGAGCAAUCUGGAGAGCAUUCCCGGGGGCUACAAUGCCCUCCGGCGCAUGUACACGGACAUCCAGGAGCCCAUGUUCAGUGCGGCCCGAGAGCAGUUUGGCAACAACCCCUUCUCCUCCCUGACCGGGAACUCCGACAGCUCCUCCUCCCAGCCUCUGAGGACUGAGAAUCGAGAGCCCCUCCCGAACCCCUGGAGCCCCUCACCCCCCACCUCCCAGGCUCCCGGGCCCGGUGGGGAGGGCACUGGAGGAUCGGGGACAAGCCAGGUGCACCCGACAGUCUCGAACCCUUUUGGGAUCAGUGCGACCAGCCUGGGGUCAGGGAUGUUCAACAGCCCAGAAAUGCAGUCACUCCUGCAGCAGAUCUCAGAGAACCCCCAGCUCAUGCAAAACGUGAUCUCGGCCCCCUACAUGCGCAGCAUGAUGCAGACGCUGGCCCAGAACCCUGACUUUGCUGCUCAGAUGAUGGUGAACGUGCCACUCUUCGCGGGGAACCCCCAGCUGCAGGAGCAGCUUCGCCUGCAGCUCCCUGUCUUCCUGCAGCAGAUGCAGAACCCAGAGUCACUGUCGAUCCUCACCAACCCCCGUGCCAUGCAGGCGCUACUGCAGAUCCAGCAGGGACUGCAGACGUUGCAGACCGAGGCCCCUGGGCUGGUCCCCAGUCUUGGCUCCUUCGGGAUGCCCCGGACCCCGGCACCCUCGGCAGGCAGCACCUCUGGGUCCACAGCAGAGGCCCCCACCUCCUCGCCAGCCAUGGCAGCCACGUCCCCCACCGGGCCUCCCAGUGCCCCACAGCAGCUCAUGCAGCAGAUGAUCCAGCUUCUCGCUGGAAGUGGAGACUCACAGAGUCCACACUUUGCUGUGCUGUGUCAUUUCUACUGGUGCGAGGGAUCGAAGCCAGUCCUUGUGCAUGCCCAGCUCAGCCUCCCCACUGAGCCAUGCCCCCAGCCCCGGCAGAGGAUUCUUUUGGUGCAGACCCCAGAAGUCAGAUUUCAGCAGCAGCUGGAGCAGCUCAACUCCAUGGGCUUCAUCAAUCGUGAGGCCAACCUGCAGGCCCUGAUCGCCACAGGAGGGGACAUCAACGCCGCCAUCGAGAGACUCCUGGGCUCCCAGCUCUCCUAACCUCGGCCCGUGCCUCCUGCCAUCCUUCGACUCAGUGCCAGCCUUUGGUGCCUGUCGGCCCCUCCCUCUGCAGCUGUCCCUCUCUUCUUCGUCCUCCCCACACAGCAGUGAUCUCAGAGGCACAGGCCCCAGCCCUGCGGCUCUGUCUGAGAGUUUCAGUCUUAACUGCUGUCUUUUUUUUUUUUUUUGGUACCGGGGAUCAAACUCGGGUCCUUACGCUUUCGAGGCAGGCAGCAGAACCACUGAGCUACAUCCCUGGCCCUCACUGUUCUCUCUUAACAGAAUCUUCUCUCCUGGCCCUCCUUGAGCAGCGCCCUUCAAACAGUUUGCAGUUCUGCCGACUGCCCCUCCUGGCAUGGCCACCUUUGGAAGUCUUCAGGCUUCUCAGUGGGACCGCAGCGUUGGGAGGGGGACCUGGCUGAGGGGCUGGAGCGAAGUCUUCCAUCUGCACCACUAGGGCUUAGCGUGGACCCCUUUUCUUUCCCUCCCUCCCCACCCGGGCCAGCCCGCCUAGAUUGUCACACCAGGGGGCCAGGCCUCCAGGCCUGUCUCCUCCUCAGCUUCUGUUCUGGUUACUCCACCCAGCCCCUCCUCAUUCUCUGUGGGAACUUCAGGGGACAGCAGAGAUGCCUGCCCUCCUUGCCAAAGGGGAGCCCAGCGCCCACGGGUGUCAUGGGGAGAGGGCGCAGUCCCUCGGAGGAAGAGAAUGGGUGAGACAGCCUGAGCCAGAAGCUUGGAGCUAGAGGUGACAUUUGGGGUGUGGAAGCACUCGUAGCUCUUUAGUCAGGAGAACUCAGGCCAGGCAGAGACUAAGACGCUGGGAGAACCAGAAUUGACGGGGCUCCAUGAAGCCAGGCAGUUUGAAGCACACAGUCUUGUCGGCUCUGCUGCACAAACGCACACACGCAUGGGUGUCCACGGACCCAGGGCCUCCUGUAUCUUGGCACAGUGACUUCUGCUCCCUCCAAAAGAUACGAAGGGGGUGGAGAUCUGCCUCACAGUGGUGUAGCGUGCCUGUGUGUGUGUGUUUGUGUGUGUGUGUGUGUAUUUCUGCAGCAGUAGGCGUCGGGAGAGCUGGGUUCCCUGAACCUUGGGGUGCUGCGUCACACAGGCAGUGUGAAAGCCUCCUGGGCUGCCGGGCUGUAACUGGCCCUUUGCUUCCUGUCACUGCUUUCAGUAAGAGCAGAGGGUUUCUCUGUCAGAGUCCUUUUGUUCACUGUUUCUUUCCAGGCCAGAAAGUGUUUUUGUUUGGGUUUUUUGUGGUGCUGGGGAUUGAACCCAAGGAGUCACGCAUGCUAGGCAAGUGGUGGACUGCUGAGCUCUGUCCCUGACAGAGUUCUUCUCCAGGAAGAAAAGGGCAGGGUGGCCAUGAUGCCUGGAAUCUGGAACUGGACGUGGCUCUGUUUGGGCCCCGAGGAGGCUCUGUCACCCCCAGCCCCUGGCGUGGGGGCCCCUGGCUGAUGACGCGGAGGAGGCAAGAGGAACAGAGUCUGCUGCGAGUGGGGAAGGGUCCAGCAGUCCAGAGAUGCCUGCCCUUCCCGCCCGCCCUCCACGGUGCCCACGCUGGCCUCUGUAAAUAAAUGGUGUGACCUGUU